GCAGACGUAGUAGCAGCAGCAACACAACCAGUCACAGCCGCCUAGUUUUGUAUAGAGCCAACCGUCUCAGCGCCAACAGAGAGAAGCUAGUUUAGUGCCCGUUCGAAGAUCUUUCUCUAUCGGUGUUUUAAUUAUAUUGUUAAAACCAUCAUUCAAAAAGCAUAGAAAGGCUUUUCCUUAUUUCGACAGCCACGGUUCGAAAGUUAUUGUCCGAGCGCUCGACCGAAUCCACACACGGUACAGCACUGUCUAAUCGUUCAGUUGUGUUCGUCAUCUGUGUCCUAUCUCAGUGCUUUUUGUGUCGUUCGACGCCUACCGCUGAACCGGAUUAAAUUUUCUUUAUCCUAACGGAGUGAUAGAGGAUCGCCUGGAUUUUGAGAAAACCUGGAUUAAACACGGAAUUUUUACCGCAUUUGGAUAUAAAGCUAAGUGAAACAAGUGCUUUUCAGUGUAAUCUAUACAGUGAUUGACAAGGAUUUGGUGUUUUCGAUCAACAUCUGACCUGGAAACCUGCAAAGUGAUUUCCGGCAAUUUUCGAAAGGCCGAAAAGGAAUAAAGAGAAGAGUGAACCCAAAAGUGCGAAUAUUUUGUUAUAGGCUAGCGUUGUGUGCGUGAAUUUUCUGCCAGAUUUUUACUCGUUUCCAACCAGAAACCCCACAAAUUAAAAUCCCGAAAAAUGGCCACAGAAGUUGAAAAUAAGCCUCUCGCCACCGAGGAGGAGAAGAAGACCGAGCUCCCAGCAGCCGGUGUGGAGAAGAAGGAUGAUUCUGCCACUGCUGCGGCAGCGGCUACUGCCGAUGGCGAUAAGAAGGCCGCUGAAGGUGAAAAAACCGGCACAGAAAAUCAUGCCGCCGAUGCAGGAGCCGGUGGUGACGCUGCGGCCACAUCGGCCGCUGCCACCGAACAGGCCCCGGCCAAAAAGGAGAAAGAAGUGAAACCCUUGGUUCACAAGGCCAACUUCGAAAAGGAUGUGGUUUAUCUGUACCAGUUCACCCGGACCCCACUGCUGCCAUCGAUGUCCCCGUACUGUCUCAAGGUGGAAACCUGGUUGAGACUGGCUGGGCUCAAGUAUGAGAAUGUCGAUCAUAAACUGAAGCUGCGCUCCAAGAAGGGACAGCUACCAUUCGUCGAGGUAAAUGGAGAGGAAAUCGCCGACUCGGCCAUCAUCAUCAAGGAACUGGCCCAGCGCUACGAGAAGGAUCUGGAUGCCGCCUUGACCCAGGAACAGCGCAACAUUGCUCACGCCAUGAUUUCCAUGCUGGAGAACCAUCUGAUCUGGGUGCUGCUGUUCUGGCGCAGCAAAAACCCCGACCUGAUGAUCAAGGGCUACAAGGUGAACCUUCAGCACGCCCUGGGAAGCCGUCUGCCCAACGCAGUGCUCAACUUCCUGUUCAAAUUCCAAUUCGGUCGCAAGUAUUUACAGGGAGCCAAAAAGGUGAAGGCCCAAGGUCUCGGUGUGCACAAGCCCGAGGAAAUUGAAGAAUUCGGCAAGCAGGAUCUGAAGGUGCUUUCCGAACUGUUAGCCGACAAGCCGUUCUUCUUUGGCGAUGAACCAACCACGCUCGACUGCGUCGCAUUCUCCGUCCUGGCUCAAGUUCACUACAUUUCCGACGAGGUGAAGUACGCGCUGAAGGAAUUCAUGCAGGAGAACUGCCCUAACCUGGUCGGACACGUUUCGCGGAUCAAGGAGCGCUGCUUCCCCGACUGGGACGAUAUCUGCACGAAGCUGGAUCUGAACGCCCAUCUCCCGAAGCCAGAGCCAGAGACCAAGGAAAACAAGGAGGGCGCCGAUACUGAGAAGACAGCCGAGCAGGAUAAGAACGAAUCGGAGAAGGAACUCGAGAAGGACAACUCCAACGAGAAGACGGAGAAGAAGGAGGAGAAGCCCGAAAAGGCAGCGGUGGAAGAGAACAAAGAGAAAGAGGAAGCUGCCGCCAAAUAAGUUGCUCCGUAGAGUAGCUACUUGUUUAUAAUUAUUAUGAUUACUGCAGAAUUUUUUAGUUCUUUCACUAUUGGCUAAUUCUGUUCGGUUUUCGAUUAUUUUUUUUACGAUAGUUGACAACUUGAUUUUUUUUUUCAUAUUUGGUAAACAUACUAGUAAGGGAAACGCAAAACGAUAGUGAACUCGCGCGAAAGAUUCGCGCGAGCGGUGGCAAACGAGAAAGUUUAGGUAGAAAGCAUUUUUCGUGCGAUUGUUAGUAGUUUUUCUUCUACUAUCGGUUUUCUUGUCCUGAGUACGAAACGAGUAAGAAAGAAAAGGAAUAGGUAAAGACGAAGAUAAUUACUAUUGUUUAACUUAUUUUUCAAAUAUGAUACUUGUGUUUGCAUUGUAAGCAAAGAAUUAGAAAAGUCAAGUUACAUCACAACUAGAUCAGUUGAUGAUUCACACGUGUGCAAUUUUGUACAAACACCGUGGAGAACAGUUUGCUCUUUCCAACGACAGAGAAGGAAACAUCCGGCAAUGAAGAACGGAGAGACAAGAAUGGAAUGAGAUGCAUGUAGUGUUUUUUUUUAUUAGAAGAAAAUUUACUAGCAGCAAAACAGAUUAGUGGAAUGAGAGAAAAAAAAAUAGUAGAAGGUCAUGACAAUGUGUAAUGUUCACUGCUUAAGCUAUUCUUACGUUUAUAAUUUCAGAUUUAUUUUAGUAUCUAAGAUAAGGUAAUAUUUACGACGAUUACUACAAAAAUACUCAAAACAUCCAAUACUAUGCGACCGUUCGCCGUUGGUCGUCGUGCUGAAGCGUGCCUGCGUUUUCGCCAGCGGUUUCACGUCAAAGGCAUGCGACCAGUUCGAAAUCAUAUGAAACCUGCGUUUUUUGCACCCCUGGUAAAGAUAAAAAAAAAACUUUUUGUUUGUAGUAAUACAACCUAAAGCAAAAUGUAAUAAUGGUUAUUAUUACUAUUAUAUAUUUUAUAUAUUAUAUUUUCGUAUAUAUUUAUAGUAUUUUAUAUCAAUUUUAUGUAUAGUAAAGUCUCUCUUUCUCUUUAUGUUAGUUUAAGGUCAAUGCAAAGAAAAAGAAGAAGAAUUGAUGGUCGUUUUUUCCAAAUUUGUGUUUUGUACAAAAUUUUGCGAGGUGAAGACAUUUUCCCAUUUCUUCCCAGGACGUUUUUAUUCUUCAGAUUGAAGCUAAAGAGUAAAAACCAGGCUGCGGGAAAAUUUCCUUCAAAAAAAAACGUUUCGUUUUUUGGAUCUAUACGUGUACGGUUAGCGAUAUUCUAGAAGAAAGAGAAAGUACGAAAACGGUUGCAAUUUUACAACACCUAGAAAACGUAAACGAUAAAUAUCUCAAAACAUUCUAAUCAAUAGGUUUUUUUUUCUGAAAUAGUUUAGCCCAUAUUUUGUUCUUCAGAUUCCCUUCUGCAUGUGUAUGCAUCGUUCUUCAUCAUAUUCCUUCUCUUUCCCGUUCACGAAUCGUACAAUAGUUUGAAAAUGCUGCUGUCUAAGUUUGUUCCUUGAACUUGAAAACAGAAAUUACAUGACAAACGAUAAAACAUUUCCUAGUACAUAAGUCGACUCCGCGCGGUUUUCCAUACAAUCAAUGAACUUCAUUACACACUCAAAUACGCCACAAACACUGAUAAAAGAAAAUAGAUCAAGCAGAAAAUUUCGUUUAUCUAGGAUUAAACUCUGAUGAAUAAAGAAUAAAACAGUGAUAAUUAAAAAAACAAACGAACCAAACGUGCACAAUUGCAACUACGGAGAAAA